AUUUGGUUUUGGUAACACGUUAUUUAGAUUUUUAAGUUUAAAUUUACAUAAAAUUUACUCAUAUGUUAUUUAAUUUAAGAUUUCAUAGUAAUUUGUAAUAUGAGCCGUUCUCGCACAAAAUAUACAAAUAAAGUAGAAAAGAGAAAGAUACAGACCAAUCCCAGAAGGCUACUGUUUCUUCUCAAGUAUUCUAUCAACCAGUUACCUUUAAACCAGCUUCCCAGCAUUGGAAAUUUUCUUAGAUACAUUCAGUUUAUCAAAUCUCUAAGGUCUUUGAAAUUUAAAUCUAAUAAGGCAAUUGUAGCUUGUUUUCAAACGUUUCCAGGCAAAGAUCUUAUUUGCAAGGGUGGAUUAUGUAGAAAUCCCAACCACAGAUGUGUUAUUGCUCUUGUAAUGGAUGUUUGGAAGAAAGCUGGUUUUGGAGAGUUUAUCCUAUCUGGCGCUGCUGUCAGGGAUAAGAUUUUAAAAUUCCAUACAAAAUAUUGCAUGCUAAUCCAUUUGAGAGAACUAAACUGGGAUUCCAGAACUGGUAGAUUUACUAAGAUCCAGAGAGAGUUCAUUCAGGAGAGCACCAAACCUUUCGACAUAUCUGAAGCGAGGUUUGAGGAAAAAAUCCAAUCAGAUCGCCUUCGUACCCAGGAUGCCAAGGCGUAAGACAUUCAGCUUUUU